UAACCAUAGAGAUAAGUAAACAAGCCGAGCGGAGCGGAGCUGAGGAACGUCACGCGCGCACCGGAAGCUGCGCCAAAUGGCCGGCCCGGUGGCGCGUGCGCGCUGGGAGCGUGCGCAGCCGGCUUCGCCUGGCGAGGAGAGAGGGGCGCCUUUGCGCGCCGGGGCGGCGGCGGCGGAGGAGGAGGAGGAGGGCCUUGGCGUCGUGGGCCUGGCCGCGGGGCCGGCCGCAAGCGCAGGAAUCAUGACAACUUCAGGAAAAGAGAACUUCCGCUUGAAGAGCUAUAAAAACAAGUCUCUGAAUCCUGAUGAAAUGCGUCGUCGGCGUGAGGAAGAGGGCCUUCAGCUACGGAAGCAAAAACGAGAGGAGCAGUUAUUUAAACGUAGAAAUGUUGCCACAGCUGAUGAAGAAGCAGAGGAAGAAGUCAUGUCAGAUGGCGGGUUCCAUGAAACUCAGAUGAAUAACAUGGAAAUGACUUCUAGUGCCGUGAUCACAUCUGAUAUGACUGAAAUGAUUUUCUCCAAUAGUCCGGAACAGCAGCUUUCUGCUACUCAGAAAUUCCGAAAACUUCUCUCAAAAGAACCAAAUCCGCCUAUAGAUGAAGUCAUUAGUACCCCAGGAGUGGUGGCCAGGUUUGUGGAGUUCCUAAAACGGAAAGAAAACUGCACUUUACAGUUUGAAGCUGCAUGGGUACUGACUAACAUUGCCUCUGGAAAUUCCCUUCAGACUCGGAUUGUGAUCCAAGCAGGGGCUGUUCCUAUCUUCAUAGAACUGCUCAGCUCAGAAUUUGAAGAUGUGCAAGAACAGGCUGUCUGGGCUCUUGGCAAUAUUGCAGGCGACAGUACUAUGUGUAGAGACUAUGUGCUUGACUGCAACAUCUUGCCCCCUUUAUUACAAUUACUUUCCAAACAGAAUCGUCUUACCAUGACUCGGAAUGCUGUGUGGGCACUCUCUAAUCUCUGCAGAGGGAAGAAUCCUCCUCCAGAUUUUGUUAAGGUGUCUCCCUGUUUAAGUGUGCUCUCAUGGCUGCUAUUUGUCAAUGACACAGAUGUUCUCGCUGAUGCAUGUUGGGCACUCUCUUACUUGUCUGAUGGACCCAAUGACAAAAUACAGGCUGUGAUUGAUGCUGGAGUAUGUAGGAGACUUGUGGAGCUGCUAAUGCACAAUGAUUACAAAGUGGUAUCUCCUGCCUUGCGAGCAGUUGGGAACAUUGUUACAGGGGAUGAUAUCCAGACUCAGGUAAUACUGAAUUGCUCAGCCCUGCAGAGUUUAUUACACUUACUAAGUAGUCCUAAAGAAUCAAUUAAAAAGGAAGCAUGUUGGACAAUAUCAAAUAUCACAGCUGGAAACAGAGCACAGAUUCAGACUGUCAUAGAUGCCAACAUUUUCCCAGCUCUAAUCAAUAUUUUGCAAACUGCUGAGUUUCGAACAAGAAAAGAAGCGGCUUGGGCCAUCACCAAUGCAACAUCUGGGGGUUCUGCAGAGCAGAUCAAGUAUCUGGUAGAACUUGGUUGUAUCAAACCACUUUGCGAUCUCCUUACGGUAAUGGACUCGAAGAUUGUGCAGGUGGCACUUAAUGGUCUCGAAAACAUUCUGAGGCUUGGUGAACAAGAAGCUAGGCGGAGUGGCACAGGCAUUAACCCAUACUGUGCACUCAUCGAGGAAGCCUACGGGCUGGAUAAGAUUGAAUUCCUGCAAAGCCACGAGAACCAAGAAAUCUACCAGAAGGCCUUUGAUCUGAUUGAGCACUAUUUUGGAACGGAGGAGGAAGACAGCAGCAUUGCUCCACAAGUCGAUCUUGGUCAGCAGCAGUACAUCUUCCAGCAGUGUGAAGCUCCCAUGGAAGGCUUCCAACUCUGAGGUGCUUCUUCUGUGUGCUCGAUUGCUCUGCCCAGCUAAUAGAGCUGAGUAGUUUUGUUUUCCAUAAAGCUGUGUGAGCUCAUUUGCUUGCUUUUUUGCACACAACCUCCUUAAACACAACUGGAAAACUUUUGGCUCUUAGUUGUAGGAUGCCACUUUGGUAAGGGCUUACCAGAACUGCUGUGCCGAUCUCUGAAGAGAUGGGGCAUUUCUGUAAAGAUGUUGGUUUUCCCCUAUGAAAUGUACACUAACAUGGUGUAAUCCUAGAUUAUAAAACAAGGGUGGAGUUGCUGCAUUUGUGUAUUUGUGUGUGUAUGUGACAGUGUUCUUGCUGUCUACAAAAAGGCGUUGAGAGACUUUUUCUUCCCGUACACUCUGCUGGGCCCUGCCUCAUUCAGUGGAUUUAAGAAUAUUUAACAUACAGAAUUUGAACUCUGGUGGUUUUGUGUGUGGCAAACUAAGCUCCUGUUAAUAUAUAUGUAUAUAUAUACAUAUACAUAUGAACUCUCUGUUCCCUGCACUUAUAUCCACCAGUGAAUAAGCUUCUCCAGAUUCUAGGAAUACUGAACAUCUGAUAAUAAACUGACUCCUGUGCUGCCAUUUUGACUGCUUUGGGUUUGGAGUUCUCUUCUGUCUGCAUAAGGAACGGAGAACUGCUCCAUUCCUCUCUACCUUCCCAAGGCACAGCAAUAUCUAUUGUUGAAGAUUCCCUAAAUUGUGCAGGGAUAGAAGAACAGUUGCUACUCGUCUACCACAGUGUAAAUUGUCUCUCUGCAUUAAAACUGCAUUCAUA